AUGGAUGGCCCCAGCAAUGCCACCUUGCCCCGUGGCUUUCUCCUUCAAGGUUUCUUUGAGUUCCCACACCUGAGGCCUGUGCUCUUCCUGCUACUGCUGGCUGUCCACCUGACUACGCUCAGUGGGAACCUUCUCAUCCUGGUGGCCGUGGCCUCAGUGCCCAGCCGGCCGCCAAUGCUUCUCUUCCUGUGCCAGCUCUCGGUCAUCGAGCUCUGCUACACGCUGGUGGUGGUGCCCCGCUCGCUUGCUGACCUGACCAGACCGGGCCAUGCCAGGGGCAGCCCCAUCUCCUUCCUGGGCUGUGCGGUUCAGAUGCAGAUGUUUGUGGCACUGGGAGGGGCCGAGUGCUUCCUGCUGGCUGCAAUGGCCUAUGACCGCUACGUGGCCAUCUGCCACCCACUUCGUUACGCGGCCGUGGUGACCCCCGUGCUGUGCGCGCGACUGGCCCUCGCCUGCUGCCUCGGGGGCCUGACAGUGUCACUGGGGCUCACGAUGGCUGUCUUCCACCUACCUUUCUGCGGCUCCCGCGUGCUGGUGCAUUUCUUCUGUGACAUCACUGCGCUGCUGCACCUGGCCUGCACCCGGAGUUAUGCCGACGAGCUGCCGCUGCUGGGUGCCUGCCUGGUGCUGCUACUGCUGCCCUCCAUGCUCAUCCUGGCCUCUUACGCGGCCAUCGCUGCCACCCUGCACCGCCUGCGCUCUUCCGGGGGCCGCCGCAAGGCCGCCUCCACCUGCGCCUCACACCUGGCGGUCACCUUCCUGCACUAUGGCUGCGCCACCUUCAUGUAUGUGCGGCCCAAGGCCACCUACUCCCUGCGGCUGGACCGCACCUUGGCGCUGGUCUACACCAAUGUCACGCCGCUGCUCUACCCACUUAUCUACAGUCUGCGCAACCGCGAGAUCACCACAGCCAUACGCAGGGUACUGGGGCGCCUGAGACCUGGCAAAGCCAUAGGUCAAGGUUUUGGAAAUAAGUGCAUGAUGCUAACACGUUAUACAUUGGGAAGAUGUCUGGACAAAGCCUGAAUCAGAAGCUCCUGGAAGCUGUCUCCUCACCCACAGGCCUGAGGGAAAUGGAAGGAGGUAGUGCCAGCUCUAUAAGCAUGGGUCCAGGAGGAGAAACUGAGCUUCCUUUGUGUGGAAUAAGUAUGAGAAUAUGCUGUGCAUUUUACUCCACAAGAAGGCUGAAGAAAACAUUGUCACCAUGAUGAAAAGAGAGCAUUAAGAUGAAGAAUUACAAUCUUCAUAGCCUUGUGAAAUCCAUACAGCACGAAUUCCCUUGGUGUGACUGUUUCUAGCACUCUUAGUUCUGUGUAUUCUAGUAUAUUGAAGGGUACAGACUAA